GAGCCUGAUGCCGCGGACGCUCGACAGCCAGAUCACUGUGGAGAAGACCCCCAGCUACUUCGUCACCAAGGAGGCACCGCGACGGAUCUUCAACAUGUCUCGGGACACGAAGCUGAUCGUGGUGGUGAGGAACCCAGUCACCCGGGCCAUCUCGGACUACACGCAAACGCUCUCCAAGAAGCCGGACAUCCCCACCUUCGAGGGGCUGUCCUUCCGCAACCGCAGCCUGGGGCUGGUGGACACCUCCUGGAACGCCAUCCGCAUCGGGAUGUAUGCCGUGCACCUGGAGAGCUGGCUCCAGUACUUCCCCCUCUCCCAGAUCCACUUUGUCAGUGGGGAGAAGCUGAUCACGGACCCAGCCGGGGAGAUGGGCAAAGUCCAGGACUUCCUGGGCAUCAAACGGGUUAUCACGGACAAGCACUUCUACUUCAACAAGACGAAAGGUUUUCCUUGCCUGAAAAAGUCGGAGAGCAGUGGCUUGCCUCGCUGCCUGGGCAAGUCCAAAGGCAGGACUCACGUGCAGAUAGACCCCGAGGUGAUCGAGCAGCUUCGGGACUUUUAUAGACCCGGCCAGCCCGUCCUGCCCACAGUCCGUGAGCAGAGGCAGGCGAGGGGCUUCCCCAGCCCUUGGGAGCUGGGAUGCUCCAGGGCGAGCCGAGACGGGGGAAGACGCAGAGUCCUGCUGCAGGUGCUGAGGGAGUGGUGCCCAGCAGGCACAGUGUCCCGCCAGGCCAGCGGUGCCGUGGCUUUUUCUGUGGGGUCCCAUUUGCUUUUACUGCCCUGUGGUCCCUGGACCACGGUGAUGGCCCCGUCCCGCAGCCUGCACACAGGCUGCUCCAAGGCAUGUCCCUCCGCUGUGUCCCAGAGCAAACGGGCUCUCCCGGACACCCCCGACUGUGGCCGUGGGGCUGUCCCAUGGGCCACGUCCCGCCACGGUGCUGGGGCGGCACGGCUCCGGCCACACCGCUUCGCCUUUCGUCACUUCAGCGCAGUGUGUAACAUGAGGAAGUGA